GUCCUCAGUUCCCAUGAAUUUCGCUUAGAUUUUCACUCUCUCUCACUCCUCCUUCAUUUCUUCUGCCUCUGCAUUAAAUCCAGAAAGCUCCCAUGUCCGAAUCUAUACAUACAUGUAUCUCACACCUAUCUAUCAAUCUACACACACACUUCAUACUUUACUUUAUUACACACCCCCACUUCUCAAUCAAUAAUACCCCAGUUUCACAUUUCUCUCACGUACAUUAUUAAAUUUAUUUCAAACAUUACCAUUUUUCCCCAGAGAGAAACUAGGGAGAGAGAUAGAGAGAGAGCGAGAGAGAUUUGGUGAACAUAAGGAGAGAUGGAUUUCAGUUCGUUCUUGACGUCGCUGGGGACGUCGUUUGCGAUAUUCGUGGUGUUGAUGUUGAUGUUUACGUGGUUGUCACGGAAACAGGGGAAUGCGGUGGUGUACUAUCCGAAUCGGAUCCUGAAAGGGAUGGAUCCGUGGGAAGGAAGGUCCGGAGAACGCAACCCGUUUGCAUGGAUCCAAGAAGCUAUCAAUUCUUCGGAACAAGAUGUCGUUAAUAUGUCUGGUAUUGAUACUGCUGUUUAUUUCGUCUUCUUGGGCACUGCGGUGGGAAUAUUAGUAUUGGCUAGCCUUGUACUGCUGCCGUUACUUCUUCCAGUGGCGGAUUCAGACCCUGGUGAGACUGCAAGCAAUGGGACUUUCAAUGAGCUUGAUAGGCUGUCGAUGGGACAUGUUCAACCAGGAAGUCAAAGGUUAUGGGCAUUCGUGUUUGCCACCUACUGGGUUUCAUUGGUUACAUAUUACCUACUUUGGAAUGCAUAUGUACAUGUAUCUGAUCUGAGAGCUGCAGCACUAAUGGCCCCCAUAGUAAGGCCUGAACAAUUUGCUGUCAUUGUUAAAGACAUACCCACUCUACCUCAAGAUCAAACACGAAAGGAACAAGUUGACACAUUUUUCAAAGAAAUCUACCCUGACACAUUUUACCGAUCAAUGAUUGUAACAGACAACAAGCAGGUAAACAAGAUUUGGGAAGAGUUGGAAGGGUACAGAAAAAAACUUGCACAUGCUGAAGCUGUAUAUGCUAAAUCCAGAAGCGGAAGCAGCCCUGAACGGACAAGACCAACAUGCAGAACUGGAUUACUUGGUCUUCUUGGCGAGAAGGUAGAUGCCAUAGAUCACUAUCAUGGAAAGAUUAGUGAACUGAUUACAAAAUUAGAGGCUGAGCAGAAAGUCACAGUCAGGGAAAAGCAACAAUCAUCAGCUCUUGUUUUCUUCUCAAGUAGGCUAACUGCAGCUUCUGCAGCUCAAAAUCUCCACUCCCGCAUUGUUGACACAUGGAAUGUCAUGGAAGCACCUGAACCUCGCCAGAUUAUAUGGAGUAACCUUCCAAAGAGUUUCUAUGAGAGGCAGAUUCAACAGUAUGUUGUAUAUGUCAUUGUCUUUCUGACAAUAGUGUUUUACAUGAUUCCAAUCGGAUUUGUUUCUGCAUUUACAACUCUUUCAAAUCUAAUGAAGCUCCUUCCAUUUAUAAAGCCAGUUGUGGAGGAGAAUUCAAUCAGAACAGUGUUAGAAGCCUACCUUCCUCAGCUUGCACUUAUUAUAUUUCUGGCUUUGCUGCCAAAAUUUCUUUUGUUCUUAUCAAUAACUGAGGGUAUUUGUACUGAAAGUCACGCUAUUAGGGCUGCCUCAGGAAAAUACUUUUAUUUUUCUGUGUUCAAUGUAUUCAUCGGAGUGACAUUGGGUGGAACCCUUUUCAGCACAUUCAAGACCAUCGAGAAAGAUCCAAACUUUAUUGUUCCAUUACUAGCCAGUAGUCUUCCUGGCAAUGCAACUUUCUUCCUGACUUAUGUGGCUCUCAAGUUCUUUGUUGGCUAUGGCCUUGAGCUUUCCAGGAUGAUUCCUUUAAUUAUAUAUCAUCUAAAGCGGAAAUAUGUCUGUAAAACUGAAGCUGAGUUGAAGGAAGCAUGGGCUCCUGGGGAUCUGGGAUACGGGACUAGAAUUCCUGCUGAUAUGCUUAUUCUUACAAUCGUGCUUUGCUACUCUGUGAUUGCUCCUAUAAUAAUUCCUUUCGGGGUGAUAUACUUUGCCUUGGGAUGGCUUGUUCUUCGGAAUCAGGCACUAAAAGUCUUGGUUCCAUCUUAUGAAAGCUAUGGAAAAUUCUGGCCGCACAUAUAUACUCGAAUGAUGGCUGCCCUGAUCCUAUUUCAACUUACUAUGUUCGGUUAUUUUGGAGUAAAAGAAUUCUACUACACUCCGCUCCUCAUACCACUCCCUAUAUGUUCCUUGAUCUUUGCAUAUAUCUGCAAACAAAAAUUCCAUCAGUUUUUCCAGAACACAGCACUGGAGGUUGUUCGCCAUGAGGUGAAGGAUCUUCCAAACAUGGAACACAUCUAUCGAUCUUUUAUCCCGCCCUCAUUGGCUUCUGACAAGCUCGAUGAUGAUCAAUUUGACGACGCAAUGUCUCAAACUUCGCGGCCAGGCUCUUCUGUGUGACGAACAUUUUAGUGAUCUUUCAGGGGUUAGAAGCUUUGUGCAGAGUUUCAAAAUGCAAGAUACUACAUAUACAUAUUUUAGAAAUCUCAGAAGUUAGAAACAUGUGAUGCCUGUGUUAAUUUAGUGUGCAGGUUGUAAUAGUAAGCCAUAUCUGGCGUGUAAAAGUUCAUUGUUUUACCACUGCUGUAGCUUUUUAGGUGGUGUUUAUUUAUUGAAGGUGAUUAGUUAUUUUUA